GCUCCGCAAUCCAUCAGCUCGUCCCCAGCCCUUCAAAGGGAAAAAAACACUUCUCUUCCACUAGUACCCGGGCAAGGCAAUUGCCCAGCUAGUCAAGACGUUUUCCAAUCUCCUCAACUCCGUCCACCACCCCUUCGCAGGCCGACGCUCCGCUCCCUCGGGCGCAGCAUCGGACUUGGACUAUCGCAAUUAACGUCGCUCGGUCCAUCAGCCAUCUCUAAAUACCUCAAUCACCAACAAUGGCUCCUCACGCCGACAACACCAACGGCUUUGCGAAUGGGGUGGUGGAAACCCAGAAAAAGGACCUCUUCACCGUCAACUCUCCCAAUGUCCACUACACCGAUGAUUUCAUCAACACAAAGUACACCUACCGUACCACGGCCGUGACCCAGGGUGCCGACGGCAAGUAUGUCGCCGCUCCCAAAGAGACCUUGUACGACUUCAAGGUCGACCGCAAGAUCCCCAAGGUCGGCGUCAUGCUCGUAGGCUGGGGCGGCAACAACGGCUCCACCGUUACCGCCGGUAUCAUUGCCAACCGUCGCGGCCUGGUUUGGGAGACCAAAGAGGGCAAGCGCGCUGCCAACUACUAUGGCUCCGUCAUCAUGGGCUCCACCACCAAGCUCGGCACCGACAGCAAGACUGGCAAGGAGAUUAACAUCCCCUUCCAUGACCUUCUGCCCAUGGUGCACCCCAACGACCUGGUCAUUGGCGGCUGGGACAUCAGCGGCAUGAACCUCGCCGAUGCCAUGGACCGCGCCAAGGUCCUCGAGCCCUCCCUCAAGGCUCUGGUCCGCAAGGAGAUGGCUUCCAUGAAGCCGCUUCCCAGUAUCUACUACCCGGACUUCAUCGCCGCCAACCAGGAAGAGCGUGCUGACAACAUCGUUCCUGGCACCAAGGCCUCCUGGGAUCAUGUUGAGCAGAUCCGCAAGGACAUUCGCGACUUCAAGGCCAGCAAUGGCCUCGACAAGGUCAUCGUUCAGUGGACCGCCAACACUGAGCGCUAUGCCGAUAUCUUGGAGGGCGUCAACGACACUGCCGAUAACCUCCUUCAGGCUAUCAAGUCGGGACAUGAGGAAGUCUCUCCCUCCACUGUCUUUGCGGUUGCGUCCAUCCUGGAGAAUGCGCCCUUCAUCAACGGUUCCCCCCAGAACACCUUCGUUCCGGGCGCCAUCCAGCUCGCCGAGAAGCACGGCGCCUUCAUCGGUGGUGAUGACUUCAAGUCUGGUCAGACCAAGAUGAAGUCCGCGCUGGUCGACUUCUUGAUCAAUGCUGGUAUCAAGCUCACCUCCAUUGCCAGCUACAACCAUCUCGGGAACAACGACGGCAUGAACUUGAGCUCCCAGAAGCAGUUCCGCUCCAAGGAGAUCUCCAAGUCCAACGUCGUCGACGACAUGGUCGCUGCCAACACCGUCCUGUACAAGGAGGGCGAGCACCCAGACCACACCGUCGUCAUCAAGUACAUGCCUGCUGUCGGAGACGACAAGCGUGCUCUUGAUGAGUACUAUGCCGAGAUCUUCCUGGGCGGCCACCAGACCAUCAGCAUCUUCAAUGUCUGCGAGGACUCCCUUCUGGCCUCUCCCUUGAUCAUCGACUUGGUCCUCGUUACCGAGAUGAUGACUCGUAUCCAGUGGAAGGCCCACAGCGCUGAGAGCGCCGAUGCCAAGUACAGCGGCUUCCACAGCGUGCUCAGCAUCCUCAGCUACAUGCUCAAGGCUCCCCUCACUCCUCCGGGCACUCCCGUCAUCAAUGCCCUCGCUAAGCAGCGUGCUGCUCUGACCAACAUCUUCCGCGCCUGUGUCGGCCUUGAGCCUGAGAACGACAUGACCUUGGAGCACAAGCUCUUCUAGGUCUGCUGAGUCUCAGUUGCUCAAUGAUCCGACAAUGGCCGGUGGAGAUGUGGAACGUGCGGGAAUAUUAGUCUGGUGCUUGCCCUGAGCUUCAUUGAGACGUGCUAGAUACACUCCUUAGGUUGUCGCCUACCGACAGCAGCAUUUACUAGCGA